AUGGUGGCCACCUCUGCUUACUCGCUUGAUCCUAAUGUUGGGAUUGCUGGAAUGAAUUCGGAACAAAACUCUAGCAUAAUGAAGGUUAAACCAAACUCCCCCGCCGAGAUAAAUGGGACCAAAAGGCAGAAGACGAAUAGGAAGGAGACAAGUAUUGAUCUUCCGGAGGACUUAGUAAUAAUCAUAAUGGCAAGACUGCCGCCGAAAAGUGUCGUUAGGUUCAAGUUGGUGUGUAGAGAAUGGAAUUUGCUCACGGAAUCUGCAUUCUUCCGCGAUCUCUACCAUAGCAACUUCAGUUCAACCUCUUCUUCUAAUUGGUAUAUCUUUCACGGAGAUCACGAAUCCCCAAACUCUAGUUUGGAGGAGUUGAAACUCGAUGAGUCAUCAUCGCAUGGUGAUUCUUCUUUUGCAAGCUUUUUGACUCGAAACAAGAAGAAGAUCAAAGAGAUUAGGGUUGUGGCUUGCACUGAUGGAUUGGUUUUGCUGCGUCUCGAGGAUGAGGAGGACAUGAUGGUACGUUACUACAUUGGCAAUCCCGUGCUACCACAAUGGGUUCAACUCCCUCCUCCUUCUCCUUCUCCUUAUGUGCCAAACCCAUUCCGAUAUGGUUUCAGCGAUACGGGACUUGUGACGACGCGAAUGCACAAUGGUGCCCUCUUAGGUUACAAGGUGGUUCGAUUACAUAGCGAAGCACUCAAGUCCGGCUUUUCUCGAACAUGGAGUUUUGAGAUCUAUUCAUCCACUACGGGGGAAUGGAGUGUCAAACAAGUUUCUUGUCCUGGGAACGGUGUUUCUAUGCGCAGCAUAUCCAAUCCCGUGUCUUUGAAUGGGAAACUUCACUGGCCUGAUGGCUCCCGCCGUAUAAUUGUCCAUGAUUUCUUCUCUCAUGAUGAUCAAGUUCGAGCCGUAUGCCUACCCACCAGGAUGCAAGGCACUAUGUGGGAUAUAUAUGAGACCCGAUGCUAUAAAGUUUUUUGCCCCUCUCCAUGUGGUAAGAUGAUCUGCACCACCUCGCAAGGAUAUUUUGUGCUUGUUGAUGUUGGAUUGAUAGAAGAGGUCGAGACCUAUAACGUUAGGGUUUGGAGGCUCAAGUGUGACUCGUGGAACUGGGAAAAGGCAUGGGAAAUCAACAUGGCAUGUCUAGGGCUUGCCCGUAACUGUGUUCCAAUGGCAAUCAACUAUUUUGAUAUCGACAUCAUCUACCUAUGGGACUUAGACCGCAAAUGUUUCCUCGCUUGUAAUCUUCGGGCAAAUACAAAAUCUUACGGAGCUCGUAAAGAUGGUGUCUACAAGGUGUUCACUGGUUUUUUUUUCGGAAUUAAAGAGGAUGGUGUCGUCUACGAUGAAGAUACUAUAUGCUUCGAGGCAUCUCCGUGCCUUUUGCAAUAUGUACCGUCUUGGCAAGUUGUACCUACAUAUAUAGGAAGUAGAAACCAAGGAUGA